CCCUAUAUAAAACACAUCAUCAUCGGCUCAUUAGGGUUUUUGUGGAUUUUUAAGAGCCAGAGAGUGAUAGCCUCCGCCUCUUCACAUCCCAAAGGACUCAAACCCUAGCCAACCUUCCCUGCAAACAUGGCCGUCGGUAAGAAUAAGAGAAUUUCCAAGGGAAAGAAGGGAGGCAAGAAGAAGGCGGCUGACCCUUUUGCCAAGAAGGAUUGGUAUGAUAUCAAAGCACCUUCCCUUUUCAACCAAAGGCAGGUUGGCAAAACCCUUGUCACCAGAACUCAGGGAACCAAGAUUGCUUCUGAAGGACUCAAGCACAGAGUUUUUGAGGUUUCUCUUGCUGAUCUUCAAAAGGAUGAGGAUCAUGCUUACAGGAAAAUCCGUCUGAGAGCAGAGGAUGUUCAGGGCAAGAAUGUACUCACGAACUUUUGGGGGAUGGACUUUACCACUGACAAGCUGAGGUCACUGGUGCGCAAGUGGCAAACACUGAUUGAAGCUUAUGUAGAUGUUAAGACUACUGACAACUACACCUUGAGAAUGUUCUGCAUUGCAUUUACAAGGAGACGUGCAAACCAGGUCAAACGAACAUGCUAUGCUCAGUCCAGUCAGAUACGUCAGAUUCGCAGGAAGAUGAGGGAAAUUAUGGUAAACCAGGCAACAUCCUGUGAUUUGAAGGAGUUGGUCACCAAGUUCAUUCCUGAGAUGAUUGGUAGAGAGAUAGAGAAGGCAACUUCCAGCAUUUACCCACUGCAGAAUGUCUUCAUCCGUAAAGUCAAGAUCCUAAAAGCUCCCAAAUUUGAUCUUGGCAAGUUAAUGGAGGUUCAUGGUGACUACUCAGAGGACAUUGGUACAAAGGUUGAGAGACCAGCAGAUGAUACCGUUGUUGAGGGUGAGACUGAAGUUGUGGGAGCUUAAAUCAAGAUCUUCUAUUUUGAAUGUGGAACAUUUCCUUUUUUCAGUUUUGUGGAUUGUCAUUGUUGAGUAGUGUUUUGAUGAAAUUUUGCUCUUACUGAACUCAAUUCCGAGCUAAUGAUGCUUAGAAAUUUCCAUUGAAUCUUGUCUUGUAGUAGCCAAUAUGAAAUUUUUCAUAUUUAUAGUAGAUCUUAUUGAAUGUUUAAUGCUUAA